AUGAUCACGACGGAUCAUAAUACUACGUCUUUCAUAACAAUUGAUUCGUCUGAACUUGAUCAUCUUCGUUCAAAUGUUCUUAAAUCUCAAAUAGCUACAUAUCGUCUUUUAGCUCGUAAUUUACCUGUAUCAGAUUCUUUACUUAAUGCAUGUUCAUAUAAAUCACAAUUAGCUAUUCUACUUCAAAAUCAUCUUCAUCAAGCGCAAUCUAAACCAACAGGUAUCAUUCUUACAAACAUCUCCAAAGCCAAUAAUGAUCAAAAUAAUACUAUUACAUCAUUAACAUUUUCAUCAGUAAAACAAUUAUAUCAAUGGUUAGUUGAAUCAAAUGAAGAAAAUAGUUUUCAUCGUAUUCAAAAACAUCCAAUUCAUUUUAAUCUAUUAUAUAUUCAACAAGAACGAGAAAAACGGUAA